AUGUCACGCCGGGAUCCUUACCCUCCUGCAAAGUUUGAGAACGACUUCACUCUGAGUGGCAUCAGGCAGCAAGAGAGAAAAACGUGUCCAAAACCGAGUCACAUUGCCCAGACAGAGGAUCCCUGGAGACACCUCCAUCACACCCCCACUGUGGCCAGCACCAGACGGAGCGCCGAGCACAGGGAGCAUCAGGCGCCAAACAGAAGUCUCGACCUCGCUCUGAGCGCAAUCUACGACCACCACAAAGACGUCUUCUGCAGCAAGAGUCAGAUCAUGUGCCAGCAGAACACCGUUUCCGAGGACCAGAGGAGAAAAGCUGACUCAGAGAGGCAGGACGUGUUGAAGAAGGAACAACAGAAUGGCAUCAUAAUGUGGGUUGACCCAAAGAAGCGCUCAAUUCACAGCAUCGACUGA